AUGGCGAAAAAAAUUUUGAUGCUACAUGGGCUUGCCCAGUCUGGGGCCUAUUUUGCCUCUAAGACGAAGGGGUUCCGAACAGAAAUGGAAAGGUUGGGUUAUGAACUAUACUACCCAACGGCACCAAACGAAUUCCCUCCAGCAGAUGUUCCUGAUUUUUUAGGCGAAGUGAUUGCUGAUGCGCCCACUGAUGGCGACAACAAUGGAGUGCUUGCAUGGCUAGAGGACGAUCCUGCCACCGAUGGCUAUUUUAUACCACAAACAACAAUCGACUAUCUGCAUGACUACGUGUUGGAGAAAGGACCCUUCGCAGGCAUUGUGGGUUUUAGCCAAGGCGCCGGUGUUGCUGGGUAUUUAGCAACAGACUUUAAUGGCUUGUUAGGGCUUACCGCGGAGGAGCAACCUCCCCUAGAGUUAUUCAUGGCUUUUAGUGGCUUCAGAUUCCGGCCACAACAGUACCAGGAGCAGUACGACAGGCAUCCAAUAUCUGUCCCGUCUCUACAUGUACAGGGUGAACUCGACACUAUCACAGAGCCGAUAAAAGUGCAAGGCUUGUACCAAUCAUGCUCGGAGGACUCCCGGACUUUACUAAUGCAUUCUGGAGGCCACUUCGUGCCUAACACGAGAGGUUUCCUGAAGAAAGUUGGCCAAUGGCUUCAGGAUGUGGCCUGA